AUGUCAGAUAAAGACGUUCCAAAUGAAAAACAACAACACAUGAUUGCAAUGGAAGGCGAAGAUCCAGAAGUAAUAAGAUGCAUUUGCGAUUACACGGACGACGACGGUUGGACUAUUCAGUGUGAUCAAUGUAAAGUCUGGCAGCAUACAAACUGCGUAAUAAAUGAUAAAGAAAUCCCCGACAAGUACCUCUGCGACAAGUGCCAUCCACGUACUAUGCAUGUGGAGCGGGCUAAUGAGCUCCAGCGAUCCUUACGAGGAGCUGGUGAGCUUACUAAGCAGGUUGGGCCAGAAACACAGCGCAAUGACCAGCAAGAUUCUGACGUAAAGCCUCUAAACCGGAGGUAUACCCGUAAAGUGUCGAAUACAAGAGCACGCAGACCGACAGCUUCGGGAAAAGAGAGUUCAACAAGCCCCCCACAGCCUGAGCAGAAUCAAAAACGACGACUAAAAAAUGGUAGGAAUUACGUAAGAGAGAGCAACGACGAAGACGAUCAAGACACAUUUGAAACCGACGAAGAUGAGGCAGCCCAUGAUUUUCCGUAUACACAAAUUACUGAGAAUAACGUUGUCCGUAAAGAGGUUGAGGAACUUUUCCGAACGGUUUUAUCACAGUACCAACGGCAGGCACAAGACAGAAAAAGGUCCCUAUCACAAUCUUCCGCUACCAAAUUGUCUUCGAUAGAUAUUCUUGGAGACAUUGGGAAAAAAUAUCGCACAUCAGAAGCACGACAAUCAGGAAAUAAUACCACGAAAGAUAUAAUAAUGACACGUUCAUCAAUGCCAAAGGCAGAUCUUGCUAGACAACUGGUUCGGGUAGAGCGAGAAUCUCUAGCACACCCAGUAAUAGAACCCGUUGUCAAAAAGAUAAGAGUAACGGACACUAAUAGGAAGCAGAAUUGUAUAACAUACGGCUUAUUUGCUGAGACAAAUAUAUCACCUAAACAAUUCAUAUUUGAGUUCAAGGGCGAAGUUAGCUUAAAAUCAGCUUAUCAGGCUGACCCAAAUAAUAAUUAUCCCUUACUUGGUGUGGCUAAACCUUUUGUUCUUUUCCAUCCACUAAUAGACCUCUGUGUUGACGCACGAUCAUCCGGAAAUAAAACACGUUUUAUUCGGCGAUCGUGUCAUCCAAAUGCAGAGACUCGAAGUAUAAUGGUGCCUGGUGAAGAAGAACAAAGAAUUCAUUUGGGUGUCUUUGCAAAAGGUGAAGCAAUACAGAAAGGAAAGGAGAUAACUGUUGGAUGGGAUUGGGAACCGAAUCAUAUCGCUUUCAGUCUUAUCGAAGGGAAAGAUGAUGUUUUCAAUGACGGCUUGGAUAUCACUACUAGAAGAAAAAAAAUGUCAGAUGUUGCGUCGGCUAUUCUAAAUAUUACCGAUUGUGCAUGCGAAACGAUGGACAAUUGUAUAAUUUAUAAAUUGAUACGCGAAGGUAAGCUCAAAACGGCAAGUACGUCAACAAGUGUGUCUGGAAGGAGAUUGCACGGAUCUGAAUCGGAGAGCUCAAUUUCUAAGACUGUUUCUACUAGUGGAUUAUCCGAAAGUGAUAGCACGGCGAUUGCAAAUGAUUCCGUGCUUUAUUUUGCACAAGCUGCAGAUAAUAGGGAAGAUCUUAUGAGUUCUCCGAUUACUUGUGGGUUACCUUUAAAACAAUAUUUAGUUGAAAUGCACCUCCGCGAAGCCAAGGUGGUCGUAAAUGAUAGCGACGCAAAUAGGAGUAAUAGGAAGGGCGUAACAAAAAGGAAGUCAUCACAAUUAACAUCAGCUAUGACAGCUGCGCCUACAACCACAACAUCUGUAUCACCCAUAAUCCCACCUAUCAAGACAAUUAACGAGGAAUAUAGUCCCUCAGAGAUAAACGAGUUUAAAGAUACUAAAAGGCUUCAAGAGAAAGAAGUUGUUACAAGCGAGAAAGGCUUAGAAGCCAAGAAGCCCCGGAUAAUAAACGAUGACAAAAGGAAUGUCGACGAUCGAGAUUUGCUCUCACCCGAACCAUCGACGUUAAUUGUACCGGCAAAACGUGUUGCAAACAAAGAAAGAGUGGGUAAUUUCGGCAAACAGCAGGGGUCUAACUUACAAACGAAACGCCAAAAGCUGGAUAACGACUCGGAAAAGUCUUUGAAAUCAACAAGAGUUACCAUGACGAUUGAAGUCGAUGAUGAAAAAGAGGAACAGACUACUCAUAGCUCAUUAAGUAACGAAACUCAGACUUCAACGCCUGUCAGGACAACGUCCAGCGUUCCCGCCAAACAUUCUUCAAUACCUCAGGAAACGCCGCUUGUUGCUCAAUCGAAUCAAAUCACUCGCUCUAGUUCGAAGAAUUACUAUCAACAGCAGGUCAAGUCAGGUUCAAAGGACGAUCAACCCGUUACGGAGAGCCAUUUUACAAAAUUGUCAGUACCUUCGCCAAUUAUACACAGUCCGGCGUCAUCAGACACAUUAUCGAUGGUUGUGAAGAUUGAGAACGAAUCUAAAAAUGUGAACAACGAAGUUACUUCUGAACGCGAGCGUCGAAAUAAUGAGCGGUCAGAUCCGCUAAAGAUAAGUUCCAGUGAUAAGGAACCUGAGCGACCGCUAGUGACAAGGAAAUUAAGUCUGCAAGAAUAUAAGAAUAUGCAACAGGCUGAACGGAAUAAAGCUUCUGGAGAGCGUGUCGCUGAAAGAGUGCCUGCAUCAAGCUCGCCAUCAGUAAUUCAGUUGAAAUCGGAGACUGAUGCCAACGCCAAUACGAAUUUUAAACAAGUUACACGCAAUAAUCCGCCAGUUAUGGCGGUGAAAGCCAGAAUUUCGUUGAAAGAAUAUCACGCGAAGAAACUACGGGAAGCUUCCACAAAUGUAUCGAGCGAGGCGAAUGUCGAAGCUCCUAAAAUAGGAGAGCCUUCCUGCUCACCAUCAAAUGAAAAGUUUGACACAAUAGGGUCUAAAGGAGAAGAGGCACUUGAAACAAACAACACACUGAGUCCAGUAACUUCCGUUGUACCUAAAGACUCAGCAUCAUUAUCCAAAUCUUUAAAGCAACCGGAUAUGAGCUUAGAUGCAAGCCCUGCAGCACAGGAUGAUUACUUUCCUGAAGACUUACCUAUUGAGGUUUAUAGGCCGGGCGAUGGAGUAAGAUUUGGGGAUUCAACAGAUAUGUCCCAGUCAUCGUCAUCAUACGAUGAUGCACGCGGUAGACGCUCACCAGUUUAUAAAGACUAUACGUCUGGCAGACAGGGAACGGAUUACAACCCGUCUCAUAAUAAUUCAUCUCUUUCAAACGAUGGAACGUUACAAAGCACACGUACAACUUAUACAUCAUCACAAAGAGGAUCCAGGUAUGGGCAAUUCCGAGGGCGCCCAUCAGGUGGGCCUUUCCGAGGACUGCCGGGAACGUCUGAACGUGGCAGAUACCAUGGGCCAAACUAUUAUAAUUCAUCUAGCGUUUCAUCAAUGAGUUCGUUGCAAAGCACGCCUCGGACUGGUCAACCAUCACCAUCACCACCAUCAGCUUCGUCAGCUGCACCUUACGAUCCAGCGAAUCCAGAUGGACAGACUUUAGGUGGAAUGAUUGAGCGAGAACAAACAGCUUCUACAGACAAUGCUAAUAACAAUAAUAGUAGUGAUGUUGGUAAUAAUAACUUUGGCAACAAUGUUAGUGCUGGAAUGGUAGGUGAUGCUCGUGUUAGAGACUAUCCACGCCAGGGAGCCAAUAAUGAGAGGUUCGAUCGUGAUCGCUGGCACUACAAUGAUCGACAAAGCUGGCGUGAUCGAGAAAGGGAUCGCGAUGAUAAUAGAAAAGACUGGCCCAAGCGACAGGACUAUCAUUACAGAGAGAGAGAGUAUGGUGGCGGAUCGGAUGUCUCACGAUAUCCGUUGGGACCAAGACGGGCAUCUGGUCCAGUGCCAUAUCAAGACCGAUACGCGAUGAGCAGCAGUCGCGCACCUGCUUCUUAUACGGCGCGUCGUAAUAUUGGCGAGGAUUCCCCGAGUAUGACAAUAUCAAGUCGUAAUGAUAUGAUGGAUCUCAGUGGGAACUCAUCUAUACUGCCGACGGGGCCUGCUGCCAGUUCGUCAUCGCCGCCGUCGGGGUCGAUCAAGUCUGGUGAAUUGUCGCCGUCUUCGAGUAGUUCCCUCCAACGAUACCCGGACGUGAGAUAUUCGACGGCGCAGAUGAUAAAAUUGACAUCUUGCCGCGGCAAUGAUGGCAACAGCUUUACAAGUCUACUCUGUAAUCUACCCUCGGGCGACUUUGGAAUAUCCUAUUGA